UUGUGCGACAGAGAAGGGAAGCAGAUGCUGCUUUGUUUUCAGAACUCUACAGAAAACUGGGUUCACAGGGCAUUUUGAAAAACAAAUGGUCAAUACUCUACCUCCUGCUUAGCCUUAGUGAGGAUCCACGUAAGCAGUCUAACAAGGUUUCAAGUUAUGCCACACUCUUUGCUCAGGCCUUGCCACGGGAUGCUCACUCCACCCCUUACUACUAUGCCAGGCCUCAGAGCCUCCCCUUGAACUACCAGGAGCGCAGUGCUCAGUCUGCCCAGAGCUCUGCCAGCAUGGGGAGCAGUGGGAUCAGCAGCAUCAGCCUCUAUGCCCUGAAUGGCCCAACGCCAACUCCACAGUCACUCCUGCCAGGACAAUCCUACCAGGCUGCGGGCGUCGGCGAUUGCCUCCGGCAGCAGCUGGGCUCACGGCUCGCCUGGACUCUCACUGCAAACCAGCCUUCUUUACAAAGCACUACCUCAAAAGGCUUUUCCAAUGCUGUGUCCCGGGGCGUGCCGAGGUCAAGGAGAGAAGGGGAUACAAGUGGGUCUGUGGAAAUAACUGAAGCAAACCUUGUAAGAGAUGUUCUGUAUGUCUUCCAGGGAAUAGAUGGCAAAAACAUCAAAAUGUGCAACUCUGAAAAUUGCUAUAAAGUGGAGGGAAAGGUGAGCUUGUCCAAAUCUCUCAGAGAUACUACAAGUAGACUUGCAGAGUUGGGAUGGCUACAUAAUAAAAUAAGAAAAUACACAGACCAGAGGAGUUUGGAUCGUGCAUUUGGACUUGUGGGGCAGAGUUUUUGUGCAGCCUUACAUCAGGAACUUAAAGAAUAUUAUCGACUUCUCUCUGUUUUACAUUCUCAGUUGCAAUUGGAAGAUGAUCAGGGUGUGAAUUUGGGACUUGAGAGCAGCUUAACGCUUCGUCGUCUUCUCGUCUGGACAUAUGAUCCUAAAAUAAGGUUAAAGACCCUUGCAGCACUUGUUGAUCACUGUCAAG